GCCCGUCGCUGGCUUUCAGACCAGCCUGAUCUAAAUGUCCUUCAAUACAUUUACAUUCGCCCCAGGAUCUUUAUUAUGUUGGUUGUUUUGGAAACAGUUGUCAAUUGAAGUAUUUCAUAAACAAUGGAUCAGAAAAUUCCUUAUGAUGACUACCAGCUCCCAGUGGUGUUCCUGCCCUCGUAUGAGAACCCACCAGCAUGGAUACCGCCACAGGAGCGGGUUCAUCACCCUGACUACAACAAUGAGCUCACCCAGUUCCUACCUCGCACAAUUGUACUAAAGAAACCUCCAGGAGCACAGCUGGGCUUCAACAUCCGCGGGGGCAAGGCCUCACAGCUGGGAAUCUUCAUAUCCAAGGUGGUCCCAGAUUCUGAUGCCCACAGAGCAGGGCUACAGGAGGGAGACCAGGUUCUUUCUGUGAAUGAGGUUGAUUUCCAAGACAUAGAGCACUCCAGAGCUGUAGAGAUUCUGAAAACUGCACGAGAAAUCUUGAUGAGGGUUCGCUUCUUUCCUUACAACUACCAGAGGCAGAAGGAGAGGACUGUACACUAGGCGGCAGCACUAUCAGAGAGAGUGAGGUGGACAGACACAUCACUGCACGUCAUCACCCUCCUCCCACGGACUCUGGCCUCCAUUCUGUCUUAGCUUCAAGAUGACUGAUGUAUGACUAACAGACUCAUUCACAGUCCUUCAUGUUAGGACAAUAUAUUCUCAGUUAUACACCCAGUCCUCUCUCCCACCCAGAUUGCAGGGCACACUCUAAUCUACUGUGAAACAUGAUGAUCGCUACUCCAUCAGAAUGUCUCACAGGAAGUCCUUUUUAUAGGUUCUCUGCAUUCAGAAUUUAUAAGCAAAGCUUUACAGACAUAUGACAUGAUAAAUUAUAAAGUGAUAUAUUUUUGUCAUGUAUAACAUUUAUAGACCCUGCAUAAUUUAACAAAGGUUUUACUCACUUUUCCCUUAUUAGAUAUUUCCUUCCACAGAUACAGGUCAGAGUAGCACUUGUGUGUACUGUACACAGUUACCUUGAUGACACUGAUAUGAAACAGAGGUAUAACACUAUGUAUAUGUAGAAAAUUAUGUAUAAAAUGUACAUAUGACUUAGAUUUCAGUACACACUGACACACACUGUAAGGUACAAAGACAGCAGGGCCUUACAUACUGUAAGAGCAAAUGAAAAGUGCAAGACUUCUGUUAGAGUUUUAACUAAAUAUCACUGUGAAAAUACUGUUUUUAAAUAUUUGUAAUUUAGAAAAUACACAGUCAUGUAAAUAAAUUUCCAUGACUGCAUUUAAGGGCCCAACAUUACUGAUCUUAUCAAGUAGUACAUUUAAAAACAUGAACAACAUGAUUGAUGUGAUGAAUUAAUUACAUGCAUGUAUGGCUUCUAGGAUGAAAUGGAUUUUAUUGUAGUUAUUUAUGUACUGCAAAUUUGAGGUGCCAUACUGAUAACAAGUAAAUCUUCCAAUAUAAGAGUAAAGUGCAUGAUAACAGCACCAUAUUAUCUUAAUAUAUCAUAACAAAUCAUAUGACUUUAAUUAGCCCUCUAUCUAUCCGUUUAGCAAUCCACAGUACAUGGGGUUUUAUCUGUAUGCAUCAGAAAACAGGUUUUCAUUCCAACAGGUCUUUUUAACCUUUCUGAACACCUUUGUAAAUACCUGCUUGUUGUCUUAUUCUUUUGUACACUGUUUUUUUUUCUUUUUAAUAAACGGGAAAAACUUUGAUUUUCCAUUGGAUGAACUUUUUCCUCCAUGAAACAAAGCUCUUUAUGAAAGAAGCUAUCUUGAAGUGUUUUUCAGCAAAGAAAUAAAGAUUUUG